UCGCUAAAGCCCCUUUACAGUAAUAAUAAUGUGCAUGAAUUCCAAAAACUUUAGGAAUCCACUUCUCUAUUUUUCUUUCUCUAAUUUCUUUACUUCCUCAUUAAAAUUUAGCGAUUCAAGGCUCUAGGCUAUAGCUUUCCUAGAGCAGACGAAGCACCUACCUCAAUGAGAUCGUCGUCAAAUUCAAACGCACCCAAUAAACAAUGGCGCAAUUGGUUGCCUCUGUUCGUUGCCCUAGUGGUUAUAGCAGAGAUUUCUUUUCUGGUUCGACUCGACGUGGCUGAAAAAGCCAACUCUUGGGCGGAGUCGUUUUAUCAGUUCACUACGGCCUCUUGGUCCACCUCUAAACUGGCUGUCGACCACGGCGACGUUGAGGAGGUCCAGUUGGGUGUUUUAGGUGCCGAGUUUGAUCAGGGCUUCGUACCUGGGAGUUGCGAGGAGUGGUUGGAAAGGGAAGAUUCUGUGGCAUAUUCGAGGGAUUUUGACAAUGAACCAAUUUUUGUUCAUGGGCCUGGACAGGAAUUGAAAUCCUGUUCCAUAGGAUGUAAGUUUGGAACAGAUUCCGAUAAGAAGCCUGAUGCAGCAUUUCGGCUACCACAACAAGCUGGCACAGCUAGUGUGCUACGGUCGAUGGAGUCAGCUCAAUACUAUGCAGAGAACAACAUUACUUUGGCACGACGAAGGGGAUAUGAUGUUGUAAUGACAACAAGCCUCUCUUCAGAUGUUCCUGUUGGAUACUUCUCUUGGGCUGAGUAUGAUAUCAUGGCUCCAGUACAACCUAAAACAGAGAAUGCCUUGGCAGCCGCUUUCAUUUCUAAUUGUGGUGCUCGCAACUUCCGUUUGCAAGCUUUAGAAGCCCUUGAAAGGGCAAAUAUCAGAAUUGAUUCUUAUGGCAGUUGUCAUCAUAACAGGGAUGGAAGAGUUGACAAAGUGGCAGCACUGAAGCGGUACAAGUUUAGCUUGGCUUUUGAGAAUUCUAAUGAGGAGGACUAUGUAACUGAAAAAUUCUUUCAGGCUCUGGUAGCUGGGUCAAUCCCUGUGGUGGUUGGUGCUCCAAACAUCCAAGACUUUGCGCCUUCUUCUAAUUCAGUUUUACACAUUAAAGAGAUAAAAGAUGCUGAAUCAAUUGCCAAUACCAUGAAGUACCUUGCUCAAAACCCUAUUGCAUAUAAUGAGUCAUUAAGGUGGAAGUUUGAGGGCCCAUCUGAUGCCUUCAAAGCCCUGGUUGAUAUGGCAGCAGUUCAUUCAUCUUGUCGUUUGUGCAUCUUCUUGGCAAGUAGGAUCCAGGAAAGAGAAGAGCAUAGUCCAAAAUUUAUGAAGCGCCCCUGCAAAUGUACCAGAGGGACUGAAACUGUCUAUCAUGUAUAUGUACGUGAAAGAGGGAGGUUUGAGAUGGAUUCCAUUUUCUUAAGGUCGAGUAAUUUGUCAAUAAAGGCAUUUGAAUCUGCCAUCCUCUCGAGGUUCAAGUCUGUUAAACAUGUUCCUGUUUGGAAGGAGGAAAGACCUCAAGUACUACAUGGUGGUGAUGAACUCAAACUUUACAAAGUAUAUCCUGUUGGCUUGACACAGAGACAAGCAUUGUUUUCCUUCAGAUUCAACGGGGAUACUGAGUUUAAGAAUUACAUUCAAAGCCACCCAUGUGCAAAAUUUGAAGCCAUAUUCGUAUAGUUGGAAGUUCGAAAUUUUGCUAGUUGCAGAGUUGCAGGCCAUGGUGUAACUCUCAUAUUCUCCCGGUGCCAUCAUUGUCUUACAUCAUUCUGGCUUGGAUCUUGCCCUAUUGAUGUAACCACAGAGUCAGGAUGUGAUGGUUACAGAGGGUGAAUCCCAUAUUUGGUGUAAAAUUCUCAUCCUUCAAAUUUUCAAGCGUAAAGGAUGGCCAAGAAGGAUUCAAUUUUGCCUUGUAUAGAUAUGCCUACAAAGCAGUUUAAAAGAUUUUUUAAGUGCAGUGGGGGAUUUACAAGCUGAUGGUUUAGCUGAGAAUUGUAGUUUCGUUCAGACUGCAGGUUAGUGUUGCAGGUAUUGACAACGGUAGGAACUUUUGCAAGGGUAUUCCUUUUAAUAUAGUAUUGGUUAUCAGAAGUAUAUGUUUCUGCAA